GUCUCCACAUCCACUCGCCUAAAUCCUCCGCCGGAACUCCAAAGUUGUACCUCGCGAAGGCCAAGGCUAGGUAGAGCCUUUUAAGAUAGAGGUCUGCAAGAUGGAGGAAACUGGCACUGAAGUGACCCCAAACAAUGACAAGUGCUGUCAGACUGAAACACUGUGGCACUGCAGUUGCCAGCCGGCUCCACAACAAGAGGGCUGUGACCAACCACAAGUGCAUAUUAUUGAGCCAGGAGACCCUCCUCUACUUCAGCAGCAGCUCCAGACUUCUAAGUCAGGAAUCCAACAAAUAAUUGAGUGCUUUCGCUCAGGUACGACCCAGCUCAGGCACAUGUUGUUGAAGGAAGUUGACACCAUCUUUGAGUGCAGACUUUGCCGAAGUCUUUUCCGCGGUCUACCCAAUCUGGUCACACACAAAGAGUUCUACUGCUUUUCUGGACAUCAUGAGCAAGAUGAUUCUUCUGAACCAAACAAGCAGAACCAGGCUGUCAAAGAACUUCUUGAGGCAAUCUAUCCACAAAGAGACAAACAGGAACAUGUGAUUCAGCUUGAGACAAUAGAGACCAACCCCAAUGCUGUGUUCCAACACCUGUCUGCCGAGAAUUAUGAGAAUGAGAAUGUGACCAUGCCCACUAAUUCCGAUCAGCCAGACCCUGGACCGCAGAAACAACAUCGCCGCAAGUCUUCUGUAGCCCCAAAAAAGAUUGAACAGCAAGACAUAGAGGACACAGAUGACGACAUGGAUACGGCAUCUGACAAGUCUCCAGAUAGAGAAGAUGAAAAAUCUGAAGAAAUGGGCAACACAGAACAGGAUAAGAGGGUGGAAAAUGAAGAGGAAGCUACCCCUGAGAUGAAGGAAACAAGGAUAUCAUGCUGCCUGUGUCGAAAGGACUUCAGCUCGAGGAGCAGCAUCCGCCGUCACUGCCGCAAGAUGCACCGACAGAAGCUGGAGGAGUUGUGCAAGUUCACCGAAACACGCACAGUGCCCAUCAGCUUGCUGUCUAUGGUAAAGACCAAGCAUGCUGAAGAUCCUCCUCCAGCCACGGGCAAGAGUUGCCCAGUCUGCCAAAAGUCCUUUGCUACCAAGGCUAAUGUCCGUCGGCACUUUGAUGAGGUGCACCGAGGAUUGAAGCGAGACUGCAUUACACCUGACAUUGCCACCCGACCCGGCCAACCACUUUUGCUUGAGGGCUCACCAGUUACUCCAAAACAACCAAGCCCCUUUCCAAAGCCAGACCAGCAAGAGGUCAGUGUUACAACCUCUCGGUGUAGGCUGUGUAGAAGGAAAUACAGCUCGCAAAUCAUGUUGAGGAGGCAUAUGCGCAUUGUCCAUAAGGUUCACACAUUGGAAAAAGGCUCCUCCGCCAGCCGUGCUCUCUUCACCAGAAAAAACAAAACGAAGACUGAAUCUAAUAAGGAGAUUUGCUCUGAAAAAGGUGGUCUUCCUUCCAGUGCAUCUUCUUUAGCUAAUGCAGAUAAGAGCGUGGCAUCAAAGCCUAAAGUCACAGAGGAUAGUGGAAACCUCCCGUUAAGUUUUGACUUCAAGCAGAUGUAUUGUUGGCUAUGCAAGCGACAGUUCAGCUCCAGUCAGAACCUGACCAAACACAUCACCGAGCUGCACAUGGAUGGUAAUGACAGUAUUUACAUCAAAUUUUAUGGGUGUCCUAUCUGCAGAUACGAGUCGCGGCGGAAGCGGGACGUCAUCCGUCACAUUACUGUGGUUCACAAGAAGUCCUCUCGCUACCUGGCCAAGAUAAUGCCGAUCCUGGAGAGUCGUGCGGUGAAGAAACCAGCUGAGGUAGUGCUAAAUAGUAGUGGGAAGAGUGUGUCUUCAAAAGAGGACAGCUCUGGAAAGCACCACGGUCCAUCAUCCAGUACGCUAACAACUUCAGACCAAGCAACUCCAUCCGAAAUGAGUCAGCAAAACUCCUCCUGGUCGCCAGGUGUAAAGAAAAGCGAGUCCUCAGUCUACCCAAACACUCGAAAGAAUUCUGCUCUCACAUCUCUUAACACUGCGAAUCAUGAUCAGGAAUAUUCACAGUCCACCAAAGUAUGUAAACAAGAGAAGAAAGCUCAAGAGCCAAAGAAUCCGCAUGUUACCCGGAGCCACAAACCCACGAGAGGACCUCCCAUCACUAGAAGCCAGGAGUCUAGCACAGAGGUGAGGGUUACUAAGAACUUUUCUCUGCAUGGAUGUGAUAUGUGCAGUCGGGCAUUUGCCAAGAAGGUUUUUCUUGAGACGCACAGACGAAGCCAUAAGACCAAUGUCAAUACCCCAACUGGAGGCACUAAAGUACAGGGAAGGAGUACUCGGUCAAAGGCGCUGAUAUGAUAUUCACAUCCAUAUAAAUGACACAUGCUCACUGGAAUGUAUAGAUUUUCAGUAAAUAAAAACGCAGCAGCAGCGUAGUAACGGAAAGCUUUACCUGAAACAGAAUGGCUUUUAAGAGGAAGGAUCAACGCAAAUCAUGAGGAAAGGAACCUGCACGGAAUGUUCUGUUUUUGUACUGCAGAGGGCGCUGCGACCAAACCUUUCUUAUCCUCUAACACAGAAGUUAUAGAUUGUUCUCAACCAGUUGCAGUUACUGAAUUACAUGAAGGAUAUCUUUUUUUUUUCUUUUUUUUUUUUUUAGUAGUCUCUUGACACUUUACUUUUAAUGAAGUAUAUUUGUGCAUAAUACAGUUUUACUUAGUUACAUAUGAUUACAUAUGAUUACACAUCUUCAUUGUUGAUCACAACUCACAAAUUUUGCUCUAGACCAAUAGAAUUCCAACUAGAGAGCAUAGUCACCAAGGAAAUAUCAGUGUGUUCCCGUUGACGUGGAGUUGCAGUGAAAUUCUGCUCAAAUGAAAAUAGCUCAUAUAAAUCAGAUGACUCUGCUUGUAUAGUUGGAGAUAACUCAUUUGACCUGCUGUUUCUAAUCUAGUUGUCGCAGGGGUACUUGAGUUGAGGUGAUGCUUUAAAGUAGCUUAACAGUACAUUUAUUUUAUUUUAUUUUAUUUUCUGAUUAGUCAACCUUCUGACUUUCAUAGAAAUAUAGCUUAUUUAACAUUUUAAUUAGAUUUGCCUAAUGAACUAAUUGGUAAAAAAAAAACAACCCUAAACAUUGUACAUUCAAGUCCAUUUCUAUAUUUUUCUUGUUCUCGCUGAAAUGGAUCAGUGACUGAAUACUAGAACAGGUGAUGUACUUGUCUCUUCAUGUAACUGUUUGGUUUGCUUUUAGUUUACACUGCUCAGAUGUAAAAGCUUGCUUAACUGUAAAUGCUCUGCAAACACUUUGGGUAGAUAUUUGAAUGAAUUUUUUUUCCUUAAGCUCCUUUUAAUAUGUUAAUAUUGCAUAUAUAAGUAAGACUGCUUACAUAACAAAAAUUAAAAAAUGAAAGCUGCACUGUGCAGUUCUACUUAGCAAAUAGCUAGUUAAAAGCUAAAACAAAUAGGUGAGGAAUCCACCCUUUCUCUAUGCCCUCACUCCAAACUCAUGUAUGCACAUUACUUAAGAGCGCCUCACCCCCUAACCUUACACAUGCCCAAACCUUUCCUCUGGCAAAUCAGUGUUGCAUGGCUUACGUUUGCAGAAGUAGAGUAACGUUAAAAAGCUCAUAUUAUAUUUGAAAAUAAUAAGUAGCCAAUCAAUUGAAUUCAUGCGCAACAUGCAGCUAUUUUCUUAGAAGUGGUUAGACUGAACGCAGAUAAAAUUGUGCCUGGGGAAAGAAGCCAAUCCGUUUGACUGAGAAAUAACAUGGGAAAGAAUAUCACAAAAAAAAAAAGUCAUUUGUUUUUGGAAGCUGUUUAUUUUGCUUUGCACUGUGUUAAUCCAAGUGAACUUAACCCCUGAAAAUUCACAGACCUCAGAAGCAUUAGCUAAUUUAAAAUGAAUAAGGUGAUAAGUUUGUCUUGACCCUAUGUUUGGUUUGCACCACUAUGUUUAUGUGAAUGUGCAAAAUGAUUGACGGUCAUGAAGGGUCGCCUCUAUCUAAAAUGGAUACAUUUGGUGCAAAUGUGAUUUUAGUUCUUGAUUACAGGGACACUCACAGACUUUUUCUCAGAGAAUCUACAUUAAUGAUAGCAGUCAGAAUGUAAAAAAAAGUUUAACCUAUGUUUAAAGAAAAAUGACAGUGCAGCUUUAAUCCAUAUCUGCCAUUCCACAAUAAAUGAAAAUGCUGCUAAUGCUUUCGCAUUGUAACUACUGUUUGUGCUCAUGUUUCUGCUUCCCUUUAAUGAGUCAGUGCUGCUCAGGUUGUGCUAAGACAAGUUUUUUUAAAAGGAGUAUGACUGUUUGAUAAUAUCUAAUAAGAAGUUGGAACUGUGAUGAAAAGGUUAAUUAGAUACUACUGCAUCUGUUUUGUAUUAUGUUGCUCUUAUUAGCAAACAGUUUAAAAAAAAUAUAUCUAGACCUAAAAAUGUCCUUUGUCUACAUUAGUAUGUAAUGAUUAAUUACAGUUAUUUGAUCGAGUGUAAUGGGUGAAAUGAAGUACAGAUCUGUCUUGGCGUGCAUAACGAAUGCUUCUGCUUGAUAUUAUGUACUGUAUUUCUGAAAUAAGGUAUAACAUGUUAAAAGGUAAUUGGCAAGACUUGUACUGUAUAUAUAAAUACACUAUACUUGCAUUCCUAUCCCUGCUUCACUAGAAAUAACUUUGUUCAAAUAAAGAUUUUAAA